UUCAGCUUUUCGCUCUUUCACUCUCUCUCUCCCAAGUUCUCUGGGAAACUCUCUCUCUCUCCUCCGCCUCGCAAUGGUUUACACGAUGUUAGGCGUACGCUUCACUCAUCUUCCAUCGAUCAAGAACUCGUCUCUCUCCAGUUUCAAUGACGACCGGAGAGGCAACGCCGUCUCUUUCUCUCUCAGGAAGGACUCUCGCGCCUCCUCUGGGAAGAUUUAUGCUCGGAAGCCAUCUUCUGAUUCUGAAUCUUCUUCGCUAGCUACAACUCCAUCUGAUAAACUCGGUGGCCAUCAGAGUGAUGAUAGCUCUUCAGCUGUCACUGGUCAUGUAGAACCUCUGGAAACUGUCUCCCAAGAUACUACUACUCAGGUAGUUGAAACAGACGGACAUGAUCAUACCUCUGCAAGUAUGUCAGAGUCUUUCGUCCAAGAAGUUGGGCAGAGGAGGAUUCCACCUCCUGGAGAUGGGAAGAAAAUAUACGAGAUUGAUCCUAUGUUGAAGAGUCAUAAUGGUCAUCUUGAUUAUCGAUAUGGGCGGUACAUAAAACUGCGUGAGCAAAUCGACAAGAAUGAAGGUGGACUAGAGGCGUUUUCUCGUGGUUACGAGAUAUUUGGCUUCACUCGAAGCGCCACUGGUAUCACUUACCGGGAAUGGGCACCAGGAGCUAAGGCAGCAUCACUGAUUGGAGAUUUUAAUAACUGGAAUUCUAAAGCUGAUGUCAUGACUCGGAACGAGUUUGGUGUGUGGGAAAUAUUUCUGCCGAAUAACGCUGAUGGCUCGCCGGCAAUUCCCCAUGGCUCCCGCGUGAAGAUUCGCAUGGAUACUCCAACUGGUAUAAAAGACUCCAUUCCAGCUUGGAUCAAGUACUCUGUCCAGCCACCAGGCGAAAUCCCGUACAAUGGGGUAUACUAUGACCCUGCUGAGCAGGAUAAAUAUGUAUUCAAACAUCCUCGCCCAAGGAAGCCCACAUCACUGCGUAUAUAUGAAUCACAUGUUGGAAUGAGUAGUACGGAACCAAUGAUAAAUACAUAUGCCAACUUUAGAGAUGAUGUACUCCCCCGUAUAAAAAAGCUAGGCUAUAAUGCUGUUCAGAUAAUGGCCAUUCAAGAGCAUUCCUACUAUGCCAGCUUUGGGUAUCACGUAACAAACUUUUUCGCUCCUAGCAGCCGCUUUGGAACGCCUGAUGACCUUAAGUCUUUGAUAGACAAAGCUCAUGAGCUGGGUCUGGUUGUUCUGAUGGAUAUUGUGCACAGCCAUGCAUCGAAGAACACACUAGAUGGCUUGAACAUGUUUGAUGGCACUGACGGUCAGUAUUUCCACUCUGGAGAGCGGGGCUAUCACUGGAUGUGGGAUUCUCGUCUUUUCAAUUACGGAAGCUGGGAGGUUCUUCGGUAUCUUCUCUCCAACGCAAGAUGGUGGCUGGAAGAAUACAAGUUUGAUGGGUUCAGAUUUGAUGGUGUAACUUCCAUGAUGUACACUCAUCAUGGACUUCAGGUCGAGUUCACUGGGAAUUACAGUGAGUAUUUUGGAUAUUCUACUGAUGUUGACGCUGUGGUCUAUCUAAUGCUGGUGAACGAUAUGAUUCACGGGCUAUACCCUGAGGCUAUUGUUGUCGGCGAAGAUGUUAGUGGGAUGCCAGCGUUUUGCAUUCCUGUCCAAGACGGUGGCGUUGGUUUUGACUACCGUCUGCACAUGGCAGCGGCUGAUAAAUGGAUUGAGCUUCUCAAGAAGAGAGACGAGGACUGGCAGGUUGGUGAUAUAGUUUUCACGCUGACCAACAGAAGGUGGGGAGAGAAAUGUGUGGUCUAUGCGGAAAGUCAUGAUCAAGCCCUUGUUGGAGACAAAACUAUUGCAUUCUGGCUAAUGGACAAGGACAUGUAUGACUUCAUGGCGGUGGAUGGACGAGCCACUCCACGUGUAGACCGAGGGAUCGCCUUGCACAAAAUGAUCCGGCUCAUUACGAUGGGACUAGGUGGAGAAGGAUACCUCAAUUUCAUGGGAAAUGAAUUUGGACACCCGGAAUGGAUCGACUUCCCGAGGACUGACCAGCACCUUCCUGAUGGCAGAGUCAUCCCUGGGAACAACGCUAGUUAUGAUAAAUGCCGACGUAGGUUUGAUCUGGGAGAUGCAGAGUAUCUUAGAUACCAUGGACUGCAGGAGUUUGAUCGGGCGAUGCAGCAUCUUGAGGAGAAGUAUGGUUUCAUGACUUCGGAGCAUCUGUACAUAUCUCGUAAAGAUGAAGGAGACAGAGUCAUUGUGUUUGAGAGAGGUAGCUUGGUGUUUGUCUUUAACUUCCACUGGACCAACAGUUACUCUGACUACCGUAUUGGUUGCUCGGUUCCUGGAAAGUACAAGAUCGUUUUGGACUCUGAUGGUUCUUUAUUCGGAGGGUUCAGUCGGCUAGAUGACUCUGCUGAGUUCUUCACCUCUGAUGGGAGGUAUGAUGAUAGGCCUUGUUCCUUGAUGGUGUAUGCACCGUGCAGAACCGCUGUAGUGUACGCUGCAGUAGAUGGUGAUGAAGAUUCUAUAAGCCUUGUACCGGAAGAUGUUUAGGAGCAAGAUGAGAAUGUCCGAGUUUGCGUACUGUAAGCUUACAAAAAUUUACACUUUAUGCCCCUCUCCUUUAGCAGUAUCAUAGUAACUUAAAAAUGGAAAUAAAAGUCGCUGCAUGUCUACAAUUACUCUAUAGCUUUCAUAUGCUUCAUCACA